CACAGAACCAGAACGUAAAAGAAUAUUGCAACGCACGUCAUAUUCACGGUUGAGCUAAGCGCGCCGCCACGCAUUUAAUUAAAAUAAAAGAUAUAGCGUAUUGAUUGCUAAAACGUUAACCAAACGCUAUCUAAAAUGGCCACACCAGAACACGAUAACGUUUUUAUUUUCGUGCCCAAUUUAAUUGGUUAUGCGCGAAUCGUUUUGGCACUCAUUGCGUUUUGGUUUAUGUCAACGAACUACGUGAUCGCCGGGUGGUGUUAUAUAAUAAGUGCACUGCUGGAUGCAGUUGAUGGCCAUGCAGCGCGCGCCUUUAAUCAAAGCACUCGGUUUGGCGCAAUGCUGGAUCAAUUGACGGAUCGCUGUGGCACUACAGGUCUACUGGUCACCCUGGCCUAUUUCUAUCCCAAGUAUAUGUUCUGGUUCCAGCUGUCCAUCGCUAUUGAUGUUGCCUGCCAUUGGCUCUACAUGCAAACAAGCGUUGUGGUUGGACGCGUAUCGCACAAGGUCAAUGAUAACUUUGUUAUGCGCAUCUAUUACCAAAAGGAUGUGCUGACCUUCAUGUGCUGCGUCAAUGAGCUCUUCUAUGUUUGUUUGUAUUUAUUGCAUUUUACAUACGGACCGUUGAUACUCGGUGCUUCACUGUUCAAAAUAUUGGCUUUCCUUACCGCGCCAUUUGCGGUAAUUAAGGCUUUGAUCUCUGUUAUGCAUGCUUAUGUAGCUGGCGCUGACUUGGCCGCUGUGGAUGUGCGCGAGCGACAGGAGAAGCGUCUGAAGGGUGACGGACCAGUUAACGCUGGGAAGAAACUUGAGUAACUUCCAUAAAAUGAAGUGCAGCACUUUUGAUUCCAAAAAACUAAACAAAUCUAAAUAGAAGAAAACAACUACAAAAUAUGUAUGAAAGAAGAACAAGAAAGAAAACUAACUUACUAAUCUUAGUCAAACUUUAGUUAUUUAUAUAUGCGCUAUUGCAAUUGUUGACAUAUUAUUUU